AUGAUUGACACUGACGAUUUCGCCAUCUCGGCCGCCGAGACGCCGGGCCUCCUCCACGUGCCCAGUCUGACCAGUGAGAGCGCAAAGGAAACCGAGGAGCUGCUCAAAGACAACAACAGGAGAUACCACAUCUUCUUCACGCUCGAAGAUCAUAUGGGUGUCUAUCUUCACAACCACAUUGCCCACCAUGAACUCACGCUGUGGGCCUGUGGCGCGACGCCCGAGCAGCUGAGGCGGCACUAUGACCGCAACGCGCUGUACAUGCGGGACGCCGUCAUCAUCGUCGAGCCACUGGUGCUCGACCUCGAGGACGAGACCCUCUUCAACCGCUGUCUCGGCAAGGAGGAGCACUACCGCAACUUCGAGAUGUUCUUCCUCAACAUGUUCAAAAAGAUCGGAUGGCAGGCUACGCUGCAGAAGUACCUGCUCGACGGAGGCCCGGUGGCCGACGACAUGCUGUGCCGCGUCUACAUGGGCUACGUACACGGCAUGAUCCACAUCGGACUCGCAAUCGAGUUCCGCCAGCCGCGGCUGCUUGCCGAAGGCCUGGCCCAGGCGGCAGUGCACCACGACGGGUGGUACACCGAGUACCUGACGGCGGCCGAGGCGGCAGCGAAGGAGGCCGAGGAGUCGCCGCUGCCGCUGUCGACGCUCGUGGACAUGGCGCGGCAGGAUCCCAAGAUCAGCACGGCGUCGAGCUGGACGUUCCAGACGCAGACGCGGCGGCACUCGGGGCGGUGGGCCAUGGACAAGGAGGUGGCGCGCGACGGCAUCCUAGCCAACGCCAAGCCGCAGCUGGUGCGGCUGGCGGCGCGGUGGCGCGUGGCUAGCCCGGACAAGGAAGGCGACGACGCCUACCUCGAGCGCAAGACGGCCGAGCUGAUGAACACGGCCGUCUACAUCGUGGCCGCCGCGCAGAACCCGCCGUACGAGUGCACGUUCGACUUCUUCCUGCUGCACUGCGCGACGGCGGCCAUGGCGCACGCGGCGCUGCUCCGCGAGCCGAGUGCCACGUGGGCGCAGAAGGCAAGGCUGCUCGAGUUCAGCGGCCGCGUGUUCAUGAUGACGUACUCGGGCAUGGGCGCGCCGCAGCUGCGCCUCGACUAUCUGGCGUCGCACCGGUCGCGCCUGGGCGCCGGCCAGAGCUGGGACGACGUGUUCGCGCGCGCCUGCGAGCACGCCGACGACGGCCACAUGAUCAAGCUGAUCCGCUCGACAAAGCUGGCCGAGGACAUGUCGCGGCCCUACGACCACCUGCCCGAGUUCCGCGUCAAGCAGCCCAUGUUCCUCAAGGCCGCCGUCGCCAUGAUCGACUCGGGCACCGAGCGCCCCAUGACCUGGACCAAGCACUGGGAUUUUAUCCGCUUCUGCGGCUUUCCCGAGGCGUGGGAGCGCUUUCACAAGAGGAACUACUGA